CACUCGGCCCCGGGGCGGCGCGGCGCUCCCGGAUGGGACGGGCCGUGCUCAGGAGGGGUCCCGGCGCCUGACAGGCCCCGCGGGGGCGGCGACCGCGGCCCGGAGGGCCGUGGCUCGGUUCGGCUGCCUGGAGCGGCGGCAGCGGCGCCGUCGAGGCGGCUUUCGCCCGUCCGUGCCUCUGCAGGAGCUGUCGCGUAACCCGAGUCGGUGGCUCUGGUGCAGCUCUGGCGUGCGGGGAGGGAGGGCGGACGCGCCUGUGUCGGGGUCUGCUGUUAACCCGAGCGAGGCGUAAAUCCCCGGCACGGCGGCCUGGGGCGGAACGAACCUGGCCCCAUUCGGGGAGGUGUUCAUUGCCAGGUGCUGGGGGACUUUUCAGCUGCUGUUGUUCCAUCAGAGAAGGUGGAAGUUCUAGUGAAACCCCAGUCUCCGUAAUGCAAAGGUCUUUCCAAAUCCCGGCAGGUGUGCACAGCGUGUAGAGUUGGAAUUGGCUUAGAGGAGAUCAGAGUUGAGAGUUGAGUUAAUUUCGAACAAGCCAGAAGAGUCUCAGAAACAUUAAUGUAGGUGAGCCUGGUUUUCAAGUGAAAACAAAGUGCACUGCAGUUGUUACCUGUUACAGAGUACUUAACAUCUGGAUCAGAAUGUGCCUGUGCUUCAUUGCCUGUCCAGGGACAGCUCCAAACAGUUCUAUCUGUCCCGAGUAGUGUGCUGGGAAAAUACCACGAAAAUGUGUUCUUCGCAGCUUGUAAAUCUACUGCAAAAUGCACAAUAGUGAUGAAGUAUGACCUUGAUAGUAAAUAAAAUUGUUAUAUCAGGAGGUUCAAGAGCUCUCUUCCCACUUUGUGAAAGUUCCAGCUGUGUAUAUAUCCUCACUCUCAAAAUACGGGCUGGAGUUCUUUUAUAAUGGAAGUGACAUCUCAAAGUUGUCAGGUAUUCAGAAAAUGUGGCUAUUUAUCAUUACGUAAUGGGGAUAUUGUGAAAUUUGCGCACAAAAUAAAAGCUUUUGAUCAUUACUUGUAAGAUCUUGCUGAUUUGAAAUGUAUGUAUCAUCAACAUGCCCCUUUGUUUUGUUUAUCUGGCACAUUUGUUGAUACUGGAAUCAUAGACACAUAAAAUAGUUUUAUUUGGGAGGCACCUUUUGAUCUUGGCUUAUCUCCAUUUUGCCUCCUGGUAACUUUUUUUUUGCAUUCAGAAAUAGAUGUGUGCCUGCAACUGCUUUUGUGGUAAUUUGAUUACUAGAGUCAAGAUUAGAGAUUACUUCUAUUGAGGUUUCUAAUUCUUAGGUGAAACUGUUUUUAAGCAUUGAUAGGUGUUUCAUUUUUUCCUUUUCAAUCACUUCCACACAGGCAAGCAGUUUGAGGAAGACAGUUAAGAUAAUAAGGGAUGAAGGUGUCUCUUGGACUUCAGUUUCAUAUCUGCUUUCUGUGGAUAUUUGCUCAAAUAAGAGGGUCCUUUUUUUCUAUAAAAUCGUAAAUAUGCAUUUCCAACAAUAUCUGUGCUGCACCAUGCUGACCACUGAGAAUGAGUUUGCAGUGUUGCUGGUAUUGGCAUGUGCGUAUGUAUGCAUGUCCAUGUAUGUACAUACAUCUAAAUAAAAUUAUUUUAUUUCAAUAUUAAAAUCAUCCACUCUUUGAAGUGAUUUUCUAUACAUCAUGCUGUGAUUCUUGGUGAGGUAAAAAUAAAUACUUUUAAUUUUUUCCUAGAUAAAUGUCUGAAUUAGUAAGGCUUUACUGAACUGAGUGUCAGGGGUUACUGCUUUGCUCCCCAGGCAGUUAGUGAGGUUGUGUCUCACAGCACUGCCAGUGACCUCACCUGCCAGCCAGAAACUUUGCUUGGGGUUUCACUCCAGGUGUUCAGUACUUUGGGUAGAACGUGGCCUGUCUGGCUGCAGAGAAGGAAUAAUGACUUUCACUGGAGUGUUCUGAUAUCUGUGGAUGCAAGAACGCAAGAGCUAAAGUUUUCUAGUAACUACAGUUCAGCCUGUAUUAACUGGCUUGUGUUUCUGAAGAAGUGGGCGUUUCCUGCAUUUUUAGGAGGUAAAGUAAUAGUUUUAAAUUGUUGUGUAGUUGUCACCUGACAGAUUUUGCAUUGUAGUCCAAACCAGACAUGAAGCAGACUGACUUUCAAGGCUGUUUUCCAAUUAAUAAUAUGCCACAUGCACCUUUUGUGUGUGCUUUCCUACAGAUAAUUUGGGCAAACUGCCUCUAUCUUCUUUGAUUCCAGUGGGCAUUUUCGAGGAAGGGAAGAAUUAAUGCAAAAAACAAUUGUACAUAUUUGGAUAGUGCAGCUUGUAUUAUUAGAAAUUUGUUGUACUUCAGUUGUUGGGAGAUUAUGUGGGUUUCUUACCCUCCUUUAGUUUUGGGGUUUUUUUAUUGGCUGCGAAAUUAAACUGUUUUUUAUCAGUGGGGUAGCUUACCCUGCUUUGGGGAUGGAGUUUCAGUACAACAGCAGUGCUGUGUGGCAUGUUAUUUAAGGCCAUCCAAGAGCACUGUAUGUUGACUUUUAAGGGUUAAUUAGUAUUUCACUGUUAUGAGAAGUAUAAACUGGAAGAAUGUUCUAUGAUCGGUCGCUCCCCUAUUUUCAAAGAUUAUUUCGAGAGUGUCUCGGAGACCCCCCCUAGCUUGUGACAUACUUGAUGGCAGUUUCCCUUUGAUACAGCUAGUGUUAAUUAGUUUGGCUGUUGUAAAUCUGAAGAGUGAUGCAAAUUCAGUCUGAAAAGAGUAAGAGUGAUGAAGACUUUUGCUCAAAAACUUCCAUGGUCAUAGCUGAUAAGGUAACAUUGCUAGGUUAAAAUUCUCUUGAAUGAUAUUUGCAGUGAUGUCCUGAGUUCUCACACAGAUAGUGCAGAUACUAGGCCAUACAAAAAUGCAAGGGAGGAGUGCAUUCCUUUCCAAAAGUGCAAGGGAGGAUUUAUACAAAUACCUGUUUAUUUUCUUGCCCUUUUUCUGUAUUCUGAGCAGUAAUGUACGGAGGGAGUAUCACAGAAUCAUUGAAGUUGAAAAGACCUCCAAGAUCAUCGAGUCCAAUCUUUAACUGAUCACCACACUGUCAACCAGACCAGAGCACUGAGUGCCACAUCCAGUCAUUUUUUUAACACCUCUAGCGAUGGUGACUCCACCGCCUCCCUGGGCAGCCCGUUCCAAUGCUUAACAACCCUUUUAGUGAAGAGAUUCUUCCCUCUUUCCAACCUCAAUCUCCCUUGCUGCAGGUUGAGGCUGUCCUUUUGCCUGCUGCCUGGUAGAGGCAUUUUUGGUGUCAUGGAGUACUUUGUUUUGAUUUUGUCUUAACUUUCAUUAUGGCCCUCCUGGCUUUUCUAUGCAUUUCUGUUCUCAGAUGUGCUACAACAGUAAUGGUUUGUAAUGUGGGUUUUUUCCCAAGGAUUCCCUGUUGCUGAGCUAAUUUAAGAAAAUGCAAGGCAUCUUUUCUCACACCUUAGUGUAAGUUAAAAUGAGUAUAAUUUGUGUCAUUCACCUGUCUGUGAGAAUGAUGAAUCAUACUUCAGUGAGUGAAGGAAAUUAAACAGGUGCAGACUUAGAAGCAGAAACCAAUACUAUGUUGGCAGACACACAGCUUCGUGUUAUAGUUAUACGAUGCUUCGCUGCUGCUACUGUAUGAUGUCAGUAAAAUUAAAUACCUAAUGUGGUUUGUCAACAUCUAUUCUUGUUUUUUAAAUUAAAUAAGCAUUUUCAUAGAACAUAAUUUUUGAAGGAAAUUUCUUUUGAAAUCUAAUGAGAAAUGUUAUCCCUCUGAUGUUCAGAGGUACUUCAGUGAACACUUCCUUGAAGAUAUAGGGCAGCAAUCCAUUACUACUAAAGCCAUUUUGUGGGCUAUAUUUGCUGUAUAAAACCCUGAUGAAUAAAUGUAGUACAGUUGCAAAGAGAAUUUAUAUGAUUCUUUUGAGUGUGACUGCAUCAUCUGCUACAAAAUAGACAUGAGGCUCAACACUGAGCCCUUCUAGGACAUAGUUUACCUGGUGUGCAGAUUUGGCCUGUGCCUUCAGCUAGUUUCUUGAAUACAUAAUAGCUAUGAAAACCUUAAACACUUGGACCUACUGUUGAGAAAAGGUUAAGAGAGGACCUAAUUGUAGACAGGUGCCCAGACUCAAAUUUUGCAGGGCUUUGCCCUAACUUUGCACUAACUCACAGGCAGGGAUGAAAGCUAAAGCAAGAUGAAAUGCAUUACUUUUUAACAAUGAGUGUACCUGACACUGCUGUGAGUUUAUAGAAUCACAGAAUGUUCUCAGUUGGAAGGGACCCAAAAGGAAUCCAGCUCAAGUUGUCUUAGUUCUCACUACCCCCCAAAUGCUCGAGUUUAUAUAUUGCAAAUAAAAUUGUCAUAAUUGUGAGCUGUUGUUCUAUAUGACUGUACUGAGCCUAAAUAACACAGGUUCCCUCUGCACAUGCUGAGAUAGUGUGGAAGGUACUGAAUGGGAAUUCUAACUGAGCAUGAUUUCUUUUUCUUCUUCACCUGUGCUAAUUCUGUAAGGAAUGUUAUGUGUAUAAGUUUCAUUAUGAAUGUCUGGUUAACUGCAGAGAUUUAUUUUUUUAAUUUAUUUUUUAUUUAUUUAGAGCAUACAGUGGAUGUGUCCAAAGUUCAUUUGUGUUUUAAAGUACCUUCUUGCUUCAGUUUACUGCUAUAUGCCUGACCCCAAAAGAGAAGCGGUUACGGAUAUGUUUCAACUUAAAGGAAGCUGUUAAAAACCUGGGGGGAGUUCUUACUAGCCUUUUCAAACUGUAGUGAUCUUCCCAGAUUCUUUCAGAAAUGUUUCAGCCAUAAAUACUUUUGUCUUGAAAGUGCUACUGCUCUGCCAGCACUGAUGAAUAAUUGAGUAUUGUUAUGGUACAGUACCCUGCUGAACAUUAUUUUGGUUAAUGUUACUAGAAUUUUAUUAUGGAGCUGCUAAGUUGAUCCUAUAUACAAAUAAAAUAAAGCCUUCUGGUGUAUGGGAAUAUAAUAUAUGGAUUACUUUUAUUUUCUAGAUAGUGACAUUUGGGACUUUUAUGAAUAAAUAAGAUCAUUUUUCUUCUGGCUCUUAUUCACCAAUAAAACAUGGCGAGUGGUGCCUGCUUCUCUGUUGUGUGUAAUGCCCAGAUUUUCUCCCCAGGUCUUGCUUUCCCAAAUUGAUAUGAGGAAGUUGGGAUGCUCUGGUACUAAGCCUUCCAAAAUUACUGUAGCCUCAUUGCUGUCCCUGCUACAGUCAGGCCUGCUCCUGAAUGGGGUGUCCAUUGGCAACCUGGUCAGUUCUCCUUUAGCUGGAGAUUUAAGGUUGUGGCUGAAAUCGGAAGAAGGGUUCCCUUCUGUCCACUGCUGCUGUAUUUCAAAAUUCUUGUCAUUUAACCCCAGCUUUCCACAGACGAUUUCAAGGUUACAGGAAGCAUGUAUCUGCAAAGGAACGAACUAAGGUGGAAAAGUACUCAUGAGAGUAUGCUGUAGCUUGCUCUCUUUGUUUUUUAAGAGCAGAUGGGUAUAGAAUCUUGUUGUACACUGCCUUUUAGGCGGUGUGUACUUGACCUGUUUGCUUGCUCUCAAAGCAACACUGUAUGUUCCCUUGAUCCCUCUUGCAGGGUUUUUACUGCUUUUCCGCUACAGUGGUGAGCAGACUUACAGACCUUUGACUCCAUCAUCCUCUCCACUCAUGGCCAGGAUGUCCUAGCAUCUUAAGCAAAAUAAGCUUCUUUGUUUCCCAAAAGAAAUAUGAAACAACUCUGAGAACAAGGAUGUAGAGUUACUUACAGAUACAUAUAUGCAUAUGGAGAUAAUGGGGUGUUCUAACAGUCAUGACAGGCAAGGGUCACAGUGGAUUCCUAUCUCCUUGAUGUCUUUCUGGUUCUCAUGCUUUCUCUGGUAUGUGUUUACAGUCCAUUUUCAAUGUGUGGCCGUGUCCCAGGGACCGUGAAUUCAUCUAGAGAUUCUAUGAUGAAAAGAACAUAUUUUUUUUCCCCCUCUAUCAUAAGGCAUAAAGUGUCCAUCUUCUUUCUUCUCAGGUGCCUAUCCUUAAUUUAUUCCUUCUGUCUGAACCAGUUUUAUAAAAUUUAUAUUUUAAUAUUUUCUCUAGGAGUAAGUUAUUCUCCAUUUUGCUGGGUAAGAGCCCUUAGGGAAGUAUGGAACAAGGAGGAACUCCACUGUCUAUUUGUGACAAACUUUCGGUAUAUCCUAGACUAGAAUGCUAUUGCUGCUGGGGGCUGGUCUUUUGGUUUCUACAGAGUCCCUGACACAGCAUGUAACAUAAUAGAAAAAAAAAAUCCACUAGUAUAUUGUGAUACAUUGGAUAUGCUUCCUGCAUCUGAAGUCAAUGGAUGAUGUUGAGAUCUGUUUGUUCAAUUGGAAAAGCAGAUUUCUCUUUACAUCUGUAGAAAUGGACAGCAGCAGUUUCAUUCAGUUUGAUGUGCCGGAGUACAGCAACACUGUUCUGAGCCAGUUAAACGAACUCCGCUUGCAAGGGAAACUCUGUGACAUAAUCGUGCACAUCCAGGGUCAGCCGUUCCGUGCCCAUAAAGCUGUCUUAGCUGCCAGUUCUCCGUAUUUCCGCGACCAUUCAGCAUUAAGCACCAUGAGUGGCCUAUCUAUAUCAGUUAUUAAAAACCCCAAUGUUUUUGAACAGUUGCUUUCUUUUUGUUACACUGGAAGGAUGUCCUUGCAACUGAAGGAUGUUGUCAGUUUUCUGACUGCAGCUAGCUUCCUACAGAUGCAGUGUGUCAUUGACAAGUGCACACAGAUACUGGAGAGUAUUCAUUCAAAGAUCAGUGUUGGUGAUGUUGAUUCUGUUACUGUUGGUGCCGAAGAAAAUUCAGAGAAUCGUAAUGGCGUUAAAGACAGCAGCUACUUUGCCAACCCUAUUGAGAUAUCUCCUCCCUAUUGCUCUCAGGUGCGACAGUCAACAGCAGGCAGCGACCUUCGGGUGGAAACUACUCCAGGCAAAACUCUUCGUAGUCGUCUGCAAGAAGAAGGGCAUUCAGACCGAGGGAGCAGCGGGAGUAUCUCUGAGUAUGAGAUUCAGAUUGAAGGUGAUCAUGAGCAAGGAGACCUGAUAGUAAGGGAAAGUCAGAUUGCAGAGGUGAAAGUUAAAAUGGAAAAGUCUGACAGACCAAGCUGCUCUGAUAGCUCUUCCCUUGGUGAUGAUGGAUAUCACACUGAAAUGGUGGAUGGAGAGCAGGUGGUGGCAGUAAACGUUGGUUCCUAUGGGUCUGUCUUACAACAUGUUUAUUCAUUUACUCAUGCCUCAUCACAGGCGACAGGCGUGUCAGAAACCUUUGGAAGCAUGAGCAAUACAAGUCCUUCAAGGUCAAUGCUGAGCUGUUUCAGAGGGGGUCGUGCACGCCAAAAACGAGUACCUACAGGUCACUUACAUAGUGAUGUCCAGGGCUUGGUGCAAGGGGCUGACAGUGAAUCCAUGGUGAGUAAUCCAGGAUAUGAAAAUAGUCCACGGGAAAGAAAUGCAAGAGGUCAUUGGUAUCCAUACAAUGAGAGGCUAAUUUGUAUUUACUGUGGCAAGUCUUUCAACCAGAAAGGGAGCCUUGAUCGACACAUGCGAUUGCACAUGGGAAUAACUCCUUUUGUGUGCAAGUUUUGUGGAAAGAAAUAUACCCGUAAGGACCAACUUGAGUAUCAUAUUCGUGGUCACACAGAUGACAAACCCUUUCGCUGUGAGAUCUGUGGAAAAUGUUUUCCUUUCCAGGGUACACUAAACCAACACUUGCGAAAAAAUCACCCGGGGGUUACAGAAGUGAGAAACAGGGUUGAGUCUCCAGAUAGAACAGAAGCGUUUGUGGAACAGAAAGUAGAUAAUGAUGCUUCAGCUUCUGAAGCCAUGGAUUCUAGUAUGGAAAUUCAUGCAAUGUCUAACACAUCUGAUUAAAAUGUUACGUCUAAGUGAAACACAGACAAGCACAUUACUAAUGUAUUUUUAAAGUAUUUUAUUCAUUUAGUAAUCUUCAGUGCAAGUGUAACAGCCUUUUCAUUUUCCUGACAUUCUGGAAAUCAGUUAUAAAUGGUUUCUGGAGGAGACUUCAGAAGUAUUCUUUGUUUUUGAAGGAGGCUAAAUUGUUUGGGGUUUGUUUUUUUAUAUUUGAAGAUGAUCAGAAUAUAAAGACAGCGUACUGGGGAAAGGCUAGGAAGAGUCUGGUGAAGUGUCCCUGCUGAUUGAUCUGAUGAAACGCGAAUGCCAGUGGAGAAAGAUAUUAGAAUAAGAUUGGCAGCUCUGCUGAAUGCUCAAAGAAGCUGUAAUUUCCUUUAUUUCUUAAAUCCUGUUGCUGGUAAUGAAUUACACAGCAGUUGGGAGAGAGAACAUUACACCUUUGAUUCCUCUCCUGUCACUAUGAAAUCUGUUGACUCUUACUAACUGGUUUUGGUAGUGAGACGGUUUAUAUAUAUAAACUUGCUUUAUAUAUAUAAAAUGCUUUCACUUUCCCUGUUCUGUGUCAAGACUAAUACCAUAUGCCACUCUAUCCGUUAGGACUCCUCUCUGCUUAGGGUUUAGAACUUCAGACUUUGGGAGGAUGGUUUUGGUUUUAAACAAAUGUUGUUUGGUUUUCAUUUUAUUAAAUCAUUACUUUGUGUGCAAAAGUGAGCAAAGUGAAUUACCUUGUUUUAAUAGCUUUGCUUUAUAACAUAUGUAAACCAAAUGCCAUAAAUCUAUUAAACUAUGGUUAAAUUGUUAAAAGUUUUUGUUAGUUGUCUAGAAUGCAAGCUGGACAACCUGUGGUGCUGACCUUUUUAUAUAUAUAGAGAUAGAUAUAUCUAUAUAUAUAUAGAUAUACACAUAUAUAUAUAUAUCUAUAUAUUAAAAAAAAUAUUAGGAAACCUAAAAGUAGCAUUGUGGUCUAAAAUGUGUUUUUACUGGCCUCAGAAUCUACCUUCAUUUUGUACUGUAGAAACAUACCAGGUAAUUAAACUUAACUUCAUCACUUUUCAUGGUUGGUUAAAACAUGAGAGAGAUGUAGUUUAAACCACAGUAUUUCCAAGCAGUAUUUUAAUAGGUCUCUUCAUAGAGAGCUGUUUUCAGGUGCACGUUGGCUUCCUACUUAAAACUCCAAGUGAUAUGCCAGCACUUGGAAUUUGUACUUUUUUUGUAUAGAAAAACAAAUACUUUAAGGGAAUUUUGAGCAAUAUGUUAUUUCAUGUGUGAGUAUUACAGAAGCCAGUAUUGCUAUGGCUUCUCUGUUUUUUCAGUGUUUUUUUCUCUAUAAAGGAGCUACCAACAACUUUAAAAAUACUCUAUAUCUUUUUUGUUUCACCAAAUACGUGUUUUUAAUAUGGUGCUAAUUUCAUAAUUUAGGUCAGUAUAAUAUAUAACAUGUGAAACAUAAUGGUCAAGGAAAAAAAAAAAUCCCAAAAAACAGACAAACAAAAGCCCCCCUACACAAACCAACUCCCCCAAGAUCCCAACCAAACAGAAAAAAAAAAAAAAAAAAAAAAAGAAA